AUGAACGCCUUUGACAAGAGUGAAGAGACUUCGUGGAUUGACAUUCGAGACAAGAGUCCGGAUGGUUCUCGCAUGAUGUCUGCGUCCAAGUAUCCACUGUGGGUCGGCGUAGACUUCGGGAAUGCACCUACAAUGAGCGUGAAUUGCAUUCGGAUUUGGCAACACCCCCAGCAUUUUGCGCGAGACAUGCGUCUAGAAUAUUGGGACGGAGUUCAGUGGGGCCAAGUGGACUACGGAAUCGACCAAAAAUGGAAUCUGGAAGGCUUCUCCGGAGGCAGCUGGCAAAGGUACUUAAAGUUGGAAAAUUUCCGUGAUGUCACGUGAACACACACUUGUAGACUUCCAUACUAGCAGUUUGAUGCUACUUACAAUAAUACCUCGAAGUCGAACAAGUAUCCCCAAGAUGCUGAGAAGUUCUUUAUGAUCUUUGUCCAUGUCAAUCAGAAGUAUGAUCUUUUAAAAUUAUACUUCUAAACGUAGUACAAGUACAUGAUCCUUCUCAACCUAAAUGUCAGGUGGCCAGCCGGUUUUCAGACCGUGUACCGUAUUCAGAAUGCGGUGUUGGUUCCGGAGAGUUGGGAAGUAGAUGAAUUCGGGUUUUACGACACGGUUGGUUGUCUCGGAACGCCCUUGUCCGGUGACAUCAUUGUCUCUGGCUUCCGAAAUCCGUACGUCGGCACCCGUGCUGUCGACGGCAUUGUGCGUUCUGAUAUGCGUGAACCCGAAGGCGGUGGCGUAGUGAGGUAUCCCGACAGCUUCUGGCGCGCGGGAUGUUCGCCCUGCGACCCAGGCACCGCGUACAUCGGCAUGGACUUCGGCUUCGAGCGACGGCAAGUGAAGUGCAUGCGCAUCUGGCAGGCGCCGGCGAUCGAGCGACAGUCCCCUGUGAUCGACCUGAUGUACUGGAACGGCCGUGAUAAGUUCGUUCGCGACGAUGACAAGCGCUUCUUCAGCAUCGGCGGAGGGAGCUGGAACAGGAGACCCGCGAUGAGCAACUCCAUGUUCCGUCUGCGCUGGGUCGAGACCAGGCCACCAGGCAAGCGGUGCGACAAGGGAAGGCAACGGAGCAAUCAGAGGAGUUGGGGAGUAGCAGAGGUCGAAUUCUUUUCUGACGAUGACUGCAACUCCAAAAUUCCUCUGGAGAACAACGGUCGCGAACCACAGUGGCCGACAUCGUCGGGAGAAGUCAACACUGUGAUUGGCAAUAGGGCGCGAAACAUGCGAGCAACUGUUGUCACAGGAGGGUAGUUUAUUCUCUUGAUUACACCACCUUUUUCUCCUUUAAUUAACUGAGUUCUGACACUUUUCUCUCGCUUUCCCGGUUAAUUAUUCGGCAUGAUCAAUAACGAUCCUGAUCUAUGCCAUCGAUUCGUCUUCAUCAGGUAGAACUUUAAAAUAUUGUCCAAGAUGUGCAGGACGAUAGCUACCCUAAACUACUUAACCGUUCACGGCAUCGUACUUCCACUUCCUCGUUCGUCUACUGCGCCCGCAUCUCCAUGACCUCCAGGUAUCGACAGAUCGAAGCACAAGCGAGUGUAAACUACGACUACUAUGCAUUGAACGCAGCGGACGGGAAGCUAGAUACUAUCUGGGGAGCUGAUUGCAGAACAGCUAUGAAUGGCGAAAUAGACGAUGCGGCGAUGUGCUCGGAACGAGAUUGGGUAGGCUUUGAUUUCGGCGCGCCCAAGACCGUCAAAUGCAUCAAGAUCUUGCAGGCUCGAAGCGACUUGAAUCAGGUAUGAUUUGUCCUGUCUUCCUUUCUUUUCAGACGACGCUAUAGAAGAAAAAUUUGAAUUUAUAACAUUUACGCUUGCUUUAUAAAACUAAAUGGAUCUGGAUGUUGCCGUCAUCUUAUUCGCUGCUUCGCUGCCCUUAGUCUUAUUCCGAUUUCGUACUUCGCAAUAGGAUAAUGCAUAGUGUAGUCCGAAUCGAAAGCUACAUUACUUGGAACUCGGAUUCCGAAACCGAACAAUCCUAAAAAUCUCUCAGUGUUGCGACCCAGCUGCUCGUAUGGCAAUGGAUCGAUGGAAUGGGACUGACUGGGUGAUGACAGAGUGGCGACACGAACCUCAAGACGAUGGCACACGGGAUGCUGUACGCGUCAGAGCCGAUUUCACUAACAUGGGACAGUGCACUCCAGACAACAUCGAACGGAGAGGGCGCCGCGAGACCGAGUCCUGCAUGAUCCCAUUGUCGUCAAUCACAAGGACGCUUGGUAUAGUUGUUACGAUCUUUAGUAUUACAGUUGUGGCCAUCUAAUAGUACAUAGAAGUCGAAACUACGACUAGGCUCUCGUGUGGAUGUGCUCAUUUAUGAUGUUUAGUUGCUAAAAAAAGUACUGCGUUGUUGUUGACUAUUUUCAGUACAAGUAGCAAGUGCUUAGGUUAUACGAAUCUCGGAAUUGUGUUUGUGACUAUGCGACUGAGUAAAAAAGACAUGCAGCGCAUUGUGAAGUGAUUGUUAAAAAAUGAUUUGUUUUGUCGUGGUCCCCUACUUCCCGCUCCCGACUCAGGUCAUCCGCUGUGCAUCAAGCACGAGUGGUGCACAGAAAUCGGGUUUCGUGGCGAUUGCUGUCCCACCGGCGGCGACCACAUGUCGCGAUGCUGCUGCACAUACCUGAAAGAGAUGAAGAUAUUCGUCGACGAGAUUGAUCUCGAAGACCGCGGCGACGCGUACGAUAAGAUGGACCUUGAAAUGGUCACAAUUCAGUGGACAAAAGUUCUGCCUUUCUGGUUCAUGAUCCUGGCCAUCAUCUGGUUCGUCCUAGUCAAUCUGGAGGAACCGGAUCGCGAAAGCAAGUACCACAUCUACUGGGAACGACACUGUUUACCUUUGAGAUUAUGGUUCAACACGGAAGGCUAUGCGCAGCGCUUUUUGCGCAAAUUCACCUUCGAGAAAUCGGACAAACCGCAAAUCAAGGUGCAACUUCUUUUGGAUGUUGUUGACUCUCUAGAGGAUGAUCUCUAUUCUUGCCUGCUUUGCCGAAAUACAACUAGCGGAAAUGUAAUUUACAGCACGAGCAAGUAGGAAAAUUUAUUGAAGAUGUUUUGCACAGUCCUUCGCAGUUUCUCUUGUCCUUGUGGAGCUUACUGGUUCUUCCGAUUAAAGCAGAUUCACGGCAGUUUCUCUUGUCCUUGUGGAGCUUACUGGUUUUUCUGAUUAUAGCAGAUUCACGAAGAACUUCAUCAUCGAUCACCAAAGCGACCAAACUAACAUUUAUUUUUUGACUCACUUACACUUCUUGACAACAAAACAAAAAAACCUUAUGAAUACACCUACAUCAACAUCUCACCAGGCCGCCAAAUUUCUUUCCGUUAUGUUGGCCUUUUUCGUGCUUGGUGGUGCUCUCAUUUGGAUCAUCCUUGCGUAUGUCGCGGCUUCGUUCGUCCUCUACUGCUAUUUCAUGGCGGUUCUGGUGGUGAAGUGGUGCAAGAGUGUCUAUUUUCCAGGACACGACCACGACGAGUGGCGACGGCACGCUAUCACGCAAGUAGCCAUCAACCCCGACCAGAGCGACGUAAAGUAUCCGACGAGCUUGGGUCUCGUGAAGGUUUUCGGCUCCACACUGGCGUUCACCUUUUUCUUCUUCUUCCGCUGGAUCUUCGACCUACUGUUGUUCCAGAGCAUCAUGUUUAUGCUGGGCUUCGGAGACACCAACAUCUCGGCAUACAUGAUUGUCCUCCAGGUUCCGAGAAUAUCGAUCCCGGCGUUCGACGACUUCAUAGAUACGGGAACGGAUCUGAUGAAUUCGGUACUACUUUUACUUAUGCCUUGCCUAAUACUGCUUUGGCUAGGAUAGAAAUGAAUGUUACACGGUAACACUUAUAAAUAAAGGUAGGUCAGCGUCAGGACGAACGCGUUGGAACGCUUUUAGGGACUCAGUUGCUCGUGUGGUACUUUCAACACUCCGUUUCUUCGAUGAGAUACGUCUUAAUCCACUUUACACCCUCAGAUCCUUGGUGUCGCGCCAGCUUCUUACGUGGAGAUUUUGUUUUUUCUUUUCAAUGGAAUUCCACGUUGCAAGGGCCCUGCAGUCCUGUUCGGCAGCAUGAACAUCAUGGCGAUUUGCCUAGUGCUGAUCAAGAUUUUGAACUAUGAUUUUUUUGGUCUCUUCGCCGCGGGUCGCUACGCCAUCAGCACGACCAAGCCCAGCUGUCAGCAGGCUCUGUGCCUAGGUUGGAACAUGCUAAUGGAGGCCUUCAUUUUCGUGACGGCCCAGUGUUUCCUCGUCGCGGUGCAGAUGUUCAAGGACCUAGCGAUGCCAGGUAGUCAAAAUUGGAUGUGCCCAUGGGACGACGGCAUCGUGGUCUUUAUAGCAUUGAUGCUUCUCUACGGCUUGAUCAUCUCGUUUUUGAUCAUCGUCAUCCUUUGCGCAAACGGCCACUUCUACGGCCAAGACUACAUCCUCGGACCGCUGGGUCGACAGCUCGGCAUGAAUUUUGAUCGUUUGGAUCCGGACGGAACAGGUACAACAGUCGAACUGAUGCUCUUUUUUUAUGCUAUUCUACUUUUCAAAAAAGAACCAAUUAUGUGGUGCUAUAACUAGUAGAACCUUAUGUUCAUCUGCUUAAUCGCACCUUUGCUGCGAACAAUUCGGAUAGUAUUACUCACUUAGGAACAAUGCGAAUACUCACGACCUACACUUUAUUUUAUCCAGAAGGUCCAUCCAGGUCAUGACUUUGUAUACCUAUAGAACCUCCACUCGCCUACUUGCACAAAACCUACCUCAGGUCCCGAUGGUGGCAUGAUCAACCUAGAGGUGCUUUUUGCCGUGAUUCCUACGACGUUUGGCGUUUGGUUGGACGACUGGAACGUGCCAGCGUACCUCAUGGUCGAGCGGGCUCACGUCUACGCGGAAGAGCUGUGGACUCCACACAAAUGCGACUGUUGUGGUGAAAUCCAUGUGCCAUACGAGGAUAUCAUCCGUGCCCAAAGCCGUAACGUCUCUCUCUGUUACCAGGCUUUACCAGCAGGUCUGCUGUUCGGCAAGUUGUGCGAAUACAUGAACUUCCCGCCAAUAUACUACGAAGGAAAGAGAAUGCGCUGUCUGCUGAAGGUACUUCUUUCACACUUGUGGUUGUCGCUUAACACUUGUGGUUGUCAUUGUUGCAGAAGUUCAUCUACCUUUUUCGUGUAGCUUGUGGUCUCUUAUGCAUUCGUAGCCGUAGAUACUAAUAUCUAAGGAACAUCUUAGUAGAUGUCAUACACCUACAGAUGCAUUACAUAGCACUACUAAGUACUUCAUUGUGUAGUCUUGUAGGUCCUUACUUCUCACCGUAGCACUCACACUAUUCAUCACACCGAACAUCAGGUGAAGCAUUCUCGUCGUUUGGAGUACGAGUUCUAUGGAAAGCUGAUGAACACGUGGUUCCCGCGGAUUUCGUCACUUUUCUCCUUCGGCUUGUACAUCCAGCUGAUCGCCACAAUUUUGGCGAUGACCGAGGAAAACUACCAGACGGUAGCGAAGAACUCGUUCUAUGCUGCGUUUGCACUUUGCUUCGUCAAAUCCUCCUUCCAUAUCUUUGCGAGGAGAUUUGUGCUGUUCCUGGAGGGGAGAAGCAUGGAAGUAUUCUUGAAGAAGAAUCCAAGGGCCAAGCCACCUCCUAGCGACGAAGAGCUCAAGAGAAAGGACAAAGAAAAGAUUCUGGGAAUCCAACGGCACGAACUGCCAAAUCUCCGGAUCUUGUUAGGGCAUCUGGCGCAUGGCAUUGUGAUCGGGUCUGUGUACGGCGGGUUGGCUGUCAGUGGACAGCUGAUCUCCGAAACCGCCGGUCUAUGGGUCGGAAUGAGCAUAGGUACAAGUUUUUUUUUCUUAAUGUGAAAGAAAAAGAAAAGCAUCAUUAUCUCAUAAGUAAGUCUGUGUGUUUGCUGUAGUGUUUAACAAGAAUCACUCAACACAAAAAUUUGAGGUCUUGCCGGCGGUUGGUUACCGAUCUAUAUGUACUACCUGAUGGAGAACCCGGACGUUCCAAUCUUCUUAGUUGGCUCCUUCAAGAUCGGAUUCGCGAUGGUGAUUGCUUUAGGAGCGUUUUUUCUCGCCGAUGAGGCUGGCUACUCCUUCCGCUUCGCCCAGAUCAUGGCAAGCACAUGCUUCACGCUGCAGGCGCUUCCCGCUGUUGUUUGCUUUAAGAAGCGUACCUACGACGAGCGCGGCAUCUUGAGCCCUAGCUUGUUGCAGCCAGUUCUUUUUACGUAUCGCGGUAUCCCGAACUACCUGGCGAUUAUUACAGCCAUGUUCAUGACGUGCAUCCCAGCCAAGAUGCUGGUGCCAAAGCCACUAGACGGCAGCGAGAAGGAACGCGUCAUCGACGGCAUCACGACGCAGGGUAACUACCGUGACCUGGCAGCGGAGAAAGACAUGCUCGGUUACGUGCUAUUUGCUUUGAUUAUAGCGAGUUACCUCACGGGUAUUGUGGCCGCGUUUCUAGUUGCGGAGCAGCUGCACAAACGGCCUGUUGUCUUGGCCAUCGCGUCUGCUUACAUGAUGAUUCUCGCCUUGCAGCCCUUCAUGUUCAUCCUGUUUGCGCUCUUCAUCGGCGUCAUCUUCGGCCUGGCCGUCGGUGGGCACAUUGAGUCCAGAGAGGUGCAGAGAAUCAAGGGCAUUUCCCUACACGACAAGAUUCAGGUCUACGGAGACCUCAGUCACGCGGACAGCAAGGCUGCGCGAGUCGAGAUCCAGAAGGAACAGAAGCGCCAAGCUUACGCGAUUCAGAACGCCAUUGACGAGCAGAGGCCAAUAUGCCUGCCAGGCGAAAUGGUCACGGUACAACCUCUUUGUUUUUCUUCUGAUAGAAUUACUACUCGUCUUUGUCUCUUAAAAAUAGAAAUAGUAGAACCACUCCUCUAGCUCUACGUACUGUCUCUGUUGAACAACAUGGUGCAAAGCAAAUCUCAGUCACUAUUCUUGCUGUAUUUCACAACAUGUCGACAACACGAAUAACACAACAAACAUCAACAUGCAUUAUUUUUUCAACAUCAGAUCGACGAGUUUGGUGACCCAACGGACCCUGACUACGUGGCUCCGUUGGAGCUGCCAGCGAUACCUUCCAUAGCGGAGCUGGUUCAGCAGAAGCUGGACGGCGAGGAAGAUAUUGUGAAGGAUUUGAAGAUGUCGCAAUCGCGUGCCGCCAUCCAGUUCGCGGCGGGCCUGAAGGAUCUGCAGAGCGAGGAAAAGCCGGGUGAUAAGGUCGAAUCCAUGUCCUCGAUCGGGCAAGUCGGAAGCGCGAAUCCGAACCGAAGUCUGGUGGCCCAGAAGAUGAACCUAGAGAAAAUAAAGAGCGGAGAAGCGACUGGCCGCGUUGCUAGUCCACAGUUGGCGCUUACAGGUGGUCCCGGAGCUUUGCCGCUCGAGGAUGGAAGUCCGUCCGGCGGCGGCCGCAAACCAGACCACGCACUCGAAGUUCUCUUGGCCCUUGAGGGGAGACCAGGCGCCAGACUGCUCAACGUGCCGCAACUUGCUCUCCCUACCAUCGAUCAGGAAGGCGACAUCGUGGCAGAGGAGGAAGAAGAAGAGGAAAACACAGUGGACGCCGAUGAUAUGAAACUAGAAGUCACAAAGAGUCCAGAUAACCAGAUUGUUGCUGCUGGAGGUCAAGAUCCAGCCGACAUGGAGCAUGGUCACGACAUGGUCUUACGCGACAACGAACCGGCACAGUAUACCUUCGACGAAACCGUGCAUCAGUGGUAACUUAUCUUAUACUUGUGACUAAUCUUCAGUACGCUUCGAACGCUGUUGUAGCAGGAACGUUCACGACAUGGUUCAAUUAAAAGGUGUGUUCUCGUCUCAGAAUGAUUCUGCUCUACUAACGAAGAUGAACAAGAAGCAUUCUUUAUCUUUUAUCGCAACCUAUACCUACUCAACAUCCAAUACCUUACAGGUAUGACCCUUACACCGGGUACUACUACGACGAUGCGCGUCAGGAGUGGUAUUUGCCACAGAGUUCGGGUGGAACGGGACCGUCAGGCUCAGCAGGGCCACCGAAGGCGACGCGCGCCAGCUCCCUGCGCAGCCAAGCCGAGCAUAUUCAGCGAAUGCACGAUCGCAAGAAGGGGGUACGAAAGCCUGGUGGAAGAUAAUCAUAUCUAUGAUAUCUCGUCCAGCGCGUAUAAGCUUUUACUCUUUUCUGCAAUAAUAUGGUCAAGAUUACGACUUGUGAACUCUUUUAUCUUGUUCUUUGAAGUACUUAAUACCGAGCUGCUUGCAGCAUGCAGGGGAAAACAUCUCAUUGUGAUUUGAUAAACAGCACGAACGAUCAACAUCAACAAUGUCCUUGGGUUCAUAAUCUUUUAUAGAAAGCCGAAGUCAGCAGCAGCACAUCAACCGAAGAAGUUAUACCGAAUUGAAUAUUCGCACAGAUUCGAUAGAAUAGAUUUUUAUAGCUAAAGAACGUCACCAUCUCAAGACGUUGAAUUUGUACCACCACUGUUAACGAAGCCAUUGGUGUGCUGCUUUAUUGCACUUUACUGAGCUUUGAUCUGUAGAAAUUACGAUUCGAAGUGAUUCCCAUUCCCCUUCAUCUUAAUGAUUCACUGGUAUCCCCAAUCCGUUGCCCAGUUGUUAGUACAAAUAAGUGUGAAGCAGGUGUUGUUUUUAACAUUGUUUUUGAAAGAAAUAUUCUUGAGCUCGUACAACUUCUGAUCAUAAGGCUAGUACUAUGACAUAAUGAAGUGGAAGAUCGCCAGGAACAAAGAGGAAAAGAGCAGCAAGAAAUGAUCAGAUUUAGGGAAAAUGACUAUUUGAAUGCGAGCCACAAGAUGAGGCUGCCGCAGACCAAAGCUAACCGAUAUUAAGCACAUCUAAAAAUCCAGCGACGGAAGAGGACAUUUAUACAAAAUCUUCGCUGGCGCGAGUAUAAUAAUAAUUGAAAAGCAUGCACCAAUAGCAAUAAAGACCUCAAAAUCGUUCUUGCCUAGAAAUAGAGACUCACCAAGAGACGUUCAGUAGCAUAUAAUUCUGACAGAGCAGAUUAACAUUAUUAUAGCGAUGGAUAGCGAUACCAAUAAAGGUAAUCUUCACGGUAGCGGUAGCGGAUUAUAAGAGAAGAUGUUCACGGUAGCAGUGUCGAUGUUUAAAUAGCAGAUGAUGAGUAAAGUGAUGAAAGAUGUUGUUGAUCUUCGAAUAUCAUUUGAGUCUUGGUGCAGAGCUUGCACAUUUUGCUUCGUUGAUCCUGCUCUUGAAGAGAACGCUGUUAGAUUAUGACACCUUGAAGAUGCAGUUCCAGUUACUUCCAGUUCAAUUACUUUGCACAGAAGUUGAAUAAGUUGAACAUGUUUUUGAAGUGAACAACUUGUUUCAGUUGUUGAGGGUACUGCCUAACUAGGUCGGAUGUUCUUUUUUUACUAAAAGCAGACGUGGUGGUCUGCAAGUACAAAGCAUCUAGGUUCUUUCUCUCAAAGCUGACUCUUCGAAGUUGGACUUUUCGAACAAUAAGAAGUAGGUGGGGGCUACUGCUACAAAAAGUCGUUAAAAGCUGAAAUACUACAAAGUCAAAGAUAACGCCUGUGCGGAGCACGUGCACAGCUUGCCUUCAGCGUACGCCGUACUCCUUUUGGCCACGACUUUUCUGGUGCAGUAUCGUCAUCGUUUCAGUUGCUGGGAGCUGCUCGAACCUUGUACCAGUGAAGGCGUCGGUUACCAGCAUUCCAUUGAUGCGCU